CCCCUCGUAGCCCCCCUUCCGGUGAUACCGGAAGAACCUUUAUUUGUGUUUGUCAAGAUGGCGGCUGGAAUGUAUCUAGAGCACUAUUUGGACAGCAUAGAGAAUCUGCCUUUUGAACUGCAAAGGAACUUCCAGCUGAUGCGAGAUCUGGACCAGAGGACAGAGGAUCUGAAAGGGCAGAUUGAUUCUCUGGCUCGUGAAUACACAGCUAACGCUCGGACGUUGUCCUCCGAACAGAAGCUCUCGCUGUUAAGACAAAUCCAGCAGUCUUAUGGGAAGUGCAAGGAGUUUGGAGAUGACAAGGUCCAGCUUGCGAUGCAAACCUAUGAGAUGGUGGAUAAGCAUAUCCGAAGGUUGGAUACAGACCUGGCUCGCUUUGAGGCCGACCUCAAAGAGAAACAGAUAGAAAGCACCGAUUACGACUCUACCUCCAGCAAGGGCAACAAGAGUGAUCAUCGAGGACCCAAGAAGAAGGAGGUGACUCGCACUAGGUCAAAGGUGAAGAACUCUGACGAUGACUGCAGCUCCAAGAGUGGACAGAAGAAGGUCAAACUCACGCAAAGCUCUGAGUUUUCAACCCCGGCUGUGAACUUUGGGAACGUGCACCCCUCGGAUGUGUUGGACAUGCCAGUGGACCCCAACGAGCCCACCUAUUGCCUCUGCCACCAGGUUUCAUAUGGGGAGAUGAUUGGCUGUGACAAUACAGACUGUUCUAUCGAGUGGUUCCACUUUGCCUGUGUGGGUCUGACCACCAAGCCCAGGGGGAAAUGGUACUGCCCAAGAUGUUCACAGGAGCGGAAGAAAAAAUGAACAUACAAAAGAAUUCACAGAGAGGGAGGUAGAGGCAGACGCAAGGGUUGAAAGUGUUUUUAAGGCCCUCCAUAGACACUAAUAUAGAUCCACUCUCUGCUUAAUCUGGUGCUUGUCGUCCUCUUUUCCAUCUUCACAUCCCUCUCUCAGCCAGACAGUAAGAAGAGAUGAUGGGGGAAGAUGAAGGAGGUUUAGUUUUUAAUUUAUGUGUUCAGUAAUGAAGAUGACUUUUUGUUAUGGAGUAUUUUUGGUUCUGCAUUAUUUUAUAUUCUUAUAUUUUGGGUUUGUUUAUUUGGAUUGUCUUUUUUAAAGCUCAUUUUAAACACAUGAACUCAACAGUCAAAACAGUCAGGGAGCAUAUCAACAGUUCUUUUUUACGGUUUUAAUUACAGACUGGAUAAUUGCUAAAUGUCAGUAUCCUUCUCAGAUGGUUUCUAAUAUAGGAUAGUUUCCUACUAGUCUCAGUUUUUGCAUAACAGGUCCCAGAACAGGCUUGAAACCGAUCCUUAACUUAUUUCCUCAUUUCAAUAUGCAUAAAAGGGCAAGAGUUAUAUCAACAUACCUCACCAGAUCUGAGAUGUUUAUAUGACAAACCAGCAAUUACAAAAAAAAAAAAUAGCUGCUCACUGGGAUCAUUUAACUUGAUUUUUACUCACACUCAGUACAGAGCCUUUCCACUAUUGUGUCUUUGUCUUACAUUCACAAUUCCUGCACUUGAAGACCACUUCUUCACUUCAGGUCCAUUCCACAACUGUAGAUCUCAAUGCAGGCUUUUUUAUGGUGCUUAUGGUUACACACUACUUAGAUCGUAUUGACUCGGUCGUAUUCCAGACUGUUGAAAAGCAUUAACACAGCAUGUAACGUUCAUUUGAAUCGCUCUGACACCUGGUCAUUAUUUAAAUGCAUUUUCUUUUGUAACCUAUGAAUUAACUCUAGUAUUGCUGUGAGUUAAGCAGCGGGGUUCUUUGCGACUGGAUUUUGGUGCUUAUGAAUAUAUUAAAGAUGAUUGGUUUGGUUAAAUGCGUGAAAUACACAGUAGAGCUUACAAUGGUUUCCAGUCAUUGUGUUGACGUCGUUAAAGCAGUAUGAUACUUUUUGCGAGAUGUCAGAAUCAAAUGUGUUGAUAUCAACUUGUAUUUAAGAUUCGGUUGUUUUAAUAAAGCAAUCACAGGUGUGUCACACAAUGCAAACAGUUGAUAACCUGGUGCUACACUGUGCUUUGCCGGUUCUAAUUGAUUAUAUUGUCUGGUGUACGAUGAAGGGUUUGUGUCAUGUGUUUUUUGCCUUUGUGAUGUUGCUUUGUGAUUUGAUUGUUCCUGAUAUUCUAGAGUACUGUACUAAUGUCAGAUAUUGGGUCUGGUGUCUUCCAUGCUAAAUGAACAAUGCCUGAUUCUGAAAGCA